AUGAGUUCAAACAACCAAUCCCACACCUGGGACAAACAACCUAAAGUAUCUUCUGUGACCACUACCUGUACCGCUGCAUCUUCCAACUCUGGUACACCUGGCUCUUCUAGCUCAACCUUUGGGCAAAAUGGAGGGACAACAACACCUGCUCCUGGAACGAUUACCGUUACUACUACUAUCACUAUCGUAUUUACGCCGGCUAACUCUACAAACCCAGACAGGUUCUUCUCAGCACACAUGUUCUCCGACUCCAACACCUCUGGCUCCACCAUUGAAAUCGGCCGUGGCAACGGCGGCGGCGGUUCUUCUUCUUCUUCCUCCGGCGGUGGUUCUUCCGGCAGUUCCUCUUCAGGCGGUGGUUCAUCAUCCUCCGGCUCGGGUUCGGGUUCGGGAUCGGGCUCCACUCAUGUGUGGGAAACCAUUGAGACAACUACCGAGGUGAUUGAGACGUACACUGAAACGGAAUGGGGGGGUAAGGGGUCCUCGGGGAAGAGUGGGAAGCGCUAG